AGAGAACCAAAGUUUGCUUGGAAAUGCAGUGCAAAAAGCUGCAAGAGUGUGUCUUCUUGUUAGGUGUAGUUUUAUUAAUAUGUUCCUCAACCAAAGCUGAAAACAAGAUAAAUGCAACAAGCAAUGUAGGUGUAGGUACUCCUCAGUCUGGCUACAAGAUUGUCACCUUCAACUGGCAACAUGUCAUGGGCCCUUAUAUCAUCUCCGUCUGGAUAUUGGUGGCUAGUAUUGCCAAAAUGGUGUUUCACAUGUCCAGCAAAUUAACAACUAUAAUUCCAGAAAGUGCCUUGCUGAUUUUUCUUGGUCUUCUACUGGGUGGCGUAAUAUGGGUAGCAGACCACGUUGCUUCCUACACCAUGAAGCCAACGCUUUUCUUCUUCUACCUCUUGCCACAGAUUGUACUUGACGCAGGGUACUUUAUGCCAAAUAGACUAUUUUUUGGGAAUCUUGGAGCUAUAUUAACAUAUGCAGUGAUUGGCACAGUCUGGAAUGCUGCAGCAGUUGGUUUAUCACUAUAUGGGGUUUACUUGACUGGACUAAUGGGGGACCUCAAGGUCGAUGGUAUACUUGACUUUCUUCUGUUUGGAAGUCUGCUCGCUGCAGUGGACCCUGUGGCUGUCAUAGCUGUAUUUGAAGAGGUCCAUGUUAAUGAUGUCCUUUUUAUCAUUGUGUUUGGAGAGUCCCUACUUAAUGAUGGGGUUACAGUGGUCCUUUACAAUGUAUUUGAUUCUUUUAUUGCCAUUGGUGGUGUCAAUGUUACAGUAGUGGACUGUGCCAAAGGCGUAGUGUCAUUCUUUGUUGUUGCUCUUGGUGGAACAUUAAUUGGAAUUGUAUUUGCAUUUUUCCUCUCAUACAUCUCACGAUUCACCAAACGUGUUCCGAUCAUUGAACCAGGAUUCGUCUUCGUCAUUUCUUAUUUGUCCUACCUAACGGCAGAGAUGCUGUCUCUUUCAUCCAUUUUGGCGAUCACAUUUACUGGUGUUUGUUGUCAAAAAUAUGUUCGAGCAAACUUGUCUGAGGAGACAGCUACAACAGUUAGAUACAUAAUGAAAAUGCUGGCCAGUGGCUCAGAGACCAUUAUCUUCAUGAUGCUGGGUAUUUCAGCAGUGGACGGAAGCAUUUGGGUCUGGAAUACAGCCUUUAUUCUAUUAACGCUUCUCUUCAUAGCAGUGUACCGAGUCAUUGGUGUUGUAGCCCUUACAUGGAUUUUAAACCGUUACAGAGUGGUCCCACUGGGAUUUAUAGACCAAGUGGUUAUGAGCUAUGGUGGACUGAGGGGUGCAGUUGCCUAUGGUUUAGUAGCCUUACUGGAUGAAACUCGAGUAAAAGAAAAAAAAUUGUUUUUCACCACAACUAUUAUUGUGAUAUACUUCACAGUUGUUUUGCAGGGUUGUACUACUAAAUCUUUGGUGACCUGGCUGAAGGUGAAGAGGAGUGAACACAGUGACCCUUUAAUUAGCGAAAAACUUCAUGGAAGGGCAUUUGAUCAUAUUCUUUCUGCUAUUGAGGACAUUUCAGGGCAAAUUGGACACCACUAUAUAAGGGACAAGUGGGAAAACUUUGACAAGAAAUACAUUAGUAAGUUACUGAUGAGAAAAGCUGCUCUGAAAUCCAAGGAUCAAAUCCUCGAUGUCUUCCAUGAUCUGAACAUUAAGGAUGCAAUCACCUAUAUAGCAGAGGGUGAACGCAGGGGAUCUCUUGCAUUUAUAAAGACCCCAAGUACUGACAAGUUGGUAAAUGUGAACUUCAACAUCAAUAAGCAAUCAGAGGUUGAAGCACCCAUGUCUUCUGUACAGAGAGAAGAUGUUGGUGCUAUUUGUCUCGAUAUGCAGGCAGUGGAGCGCAGACGGAAGAGUAUACGAGACAGCGAGGAUGUUUAUACACAUCAUCUGCUUCAGCAGUACCUUUAUAAACCAAAGAAGCAGCAGAAAUACAAAUACAGCAGACACGAGUUCACGCCAAACGAGGACGAUGCUCAAGAAAAGGAGAUUUUUGAAAAAACAAUGAAAAGACGACUAGCAUCCUUUAAAUCUACCAAACACGGAGUGUCCCAAUCGAAAAAAGUAGCAAAAUAUUAUAAGAAAGAUCCUUCACAAAAGAAGAGAAGUGAUGAAAUGCUGUCAAAUGGAAGUCAGCUUGUUUUGCACGAUCCUGAGUUCUCUGAUCCAGAAUACCCUGGUGAAUAUGACAAUGGUGGUAUUAAUUUUAUCGCUAAUGUUGCCAGACAGACACUGUCUGACACAUGCAAUGGAAUUGAUAACCUAGCAUUUAGUCGUGAUGAAGAGACAGACGCUCGCCCAGCGCUUCCACCGUGGGCAACGAAUAAUGACACUGUUGCGUUGUCGCAGAGGGCUCAGGUUCAGAUGCCAUGGUCCCCAAAUAACUUCCGUCGCCUUAUGCCUCUACGACUCAGCAGCAGAUCAACAGAUUCCUUUCUGUUAGCUGACAUUCCUGUCCCUGUGGAGCACCCACUGUCCUUCAUCCCUGAAGGAACUGCCUUGUAAUACUUUAUCAAGUAUCUUUGUAUUUCUUUUAAUGAAAUGCUACAUAUCCUACCUAGAAUGUGCACACACUGGAAUCACUCUUGGUAUCUGUUGUAGUCGCCUAUAUAUAGACCCAAAAUAAUUUCAGUAAUAACGUUUA